UGACAUUUCCUUCCAGAUAUGGAAGGAUCAAGACCUGACAUGGUUAUAACAGAAUAAAGUGUCCAUUCAUGAUGAUGUAUGUCAAGAUAUAUGUCCAGAAAGGAGGAAUUCAUAUGGAGACGCUGGUUGCCAGUGCGGAUGCUUGCAAAAAGAGGAGACAACUUCGGAAGCCGAAAUGCGCCCGCUGCAGAAAUCACGGAGUUGUAUCGUGUUUGAAAGGACACAAAAAAUUCUGCCAUUGGAGAGAAUGCGUGUGCAGAAGUUGUGUUUUAGUUGCAGAAAGGCAGAAAAUUAUGGCUCUUCAGGUUGCACUUCGAAGACAUGGAUCAUCCGCAGCAAGUAAUGAAAAAAUGGAAUUUAAUUCGCAAUACGUGCUUGAGCAGAAAAAGAAAUACCAAAGACAACUUCGAUUAUUAAACAGAAGCGUUUUUGUAAAGGAUUCUGCAGAAAGACACGACUAUCAAGGAAGAGAAAACCCUCAUUCAACCAUUCUUCUUGGAGGAUGUGAUCGACUAAGAAAAAGAAAAUGUUUUGCAGACAAAGAGCUUGAUGCGUUACUAACACCACCUUCCUAUCAUCGAAGAAUAUUUCCAGCCUAUUUAGAACCAAUAAAUUUAGCAACUAUGUCAUACCUCCCAUCUAAUUUAAUGAAAAAACAAUCAAUUGACUACUUUCUAACGAAACAGAAUAAUAGCAAAGGAAGUGCUGAAAUCUUUUUCAGACACCUUACGCCAACAUUUUUUUGUAAAGGGACUGCAUUCUCCUCUCAGCUGAAAGAAGCAAGCGAUAACUCUGUUGAAGCUGAGCAGAAGAGUACUUUUAGCAAAAGGAAGGCUUUAUCAUUUUCGGUUGAGGCUCUUAUCGGAAAAAAAUAGUAAUGAGAUACUCAAAAAGAACUCAUUGCAUUGUGUUCUAGCGAUAACAGAAAUAUAUAUUUUAUUAGGGACAUUUGACUUGCUUCAUUUAUAAUUGUGAUAAAAAAUUUUCUCGACCAAAAAAAAAAAAUGAUUAUACAACAUUAUUCUUAUGACAGUGUUGGCAAAUAGUUAGUUCCUUUAACGAAUGCAAAAGAAAUAGAAACUCUUUGGGUACAACAAGUUUUUAGCAAUAAAUGAUUUUAAAAUGGGAAUAACAUUUGUUGGUUAGUCUCUUCUGGAGUCAUGAUAAACCACUGCUUCCAAUCAGAAACUGAGUCUCUUCUAGAGUUAUGACACACAAUUCCUUUCCAUUAAGAAACUGCUUUUGACAAGCAAUAAAAUUGCUAACGUAAGUAAAAGCACUUAUUCGAAAUAAAGAAUAAAAAAAAAUCAAAGUAAUUUGGAAAUUAAAACACUACGUAAUAAAUGUAGAAACGAUCUUGCUUUCUUUAUCGACACAAAAAUUUUUCAUAUAGCUUCAUAUUUUAACCAGCACAAAUGCCUUCAGGAUUAUAAUUAUGAUACAAGCCUUGAAUGGCUGUUUUGUUGAUUGUGAUAUACAAAAAAAAAAAAAAAAAAAAAAAAA